AUGGGCCCGCCCGGCGGAUUCCUGAUGUCCGGGCUCCGCCACUCCGCUCUGGCAUUCGCCCUUCUCCAUUUCGCACUCGGUCAGGAGCAAGAAGGCAAUCCCCUUUGCUGGGAAUCAGCCAACUUUCAAGAUCGCGCCUUGAGCUUCGAAGAGUGCUGCGGAAGCGACGGGGCGGCUCAGGCGUGCUUCGAUGACAUGGAUGGCUGGUACAGCUUCGACUAUUGCUGCCUGCCGCCGGUUCCGGAGCAUGAAAACUGCCACUGGGAAGAGGUGGAGAGCAGGCUUGAGGAGGGCCUGCGAUUCCUCGAAAAUUUCCCAAUGGUUCUUCGAGAGGUGUGCUGUGUGCUACCUCACGGCAGCUGUUGGCCGUCGGAGACAGGCGACGUGCUGCCGAGGGGCUUUGCUGAGUGCUGCUUCCCAGGCUUGAGGCGGAUGCUCCUGGAUCCCGACGGUGCCGGGAGCUGGGCCAGGGAGGACUUGGAGGAGGAGUUCCAACCCUUGGAAGGGAGGACCUGGUCGAAGCGCCAGCUGGAUGCUUUCGCCGAGGACAUGGAUCGAGUCCGUGCCACGCGGCCAGGGAAGCUGGUGGACUUACCUUGUCGAGUUCGGAUAGGAGAUCAUGGGCGGGAGAUGAUCGGCUGCGACUGGCGCCAGUGCCAAUCCUCUCGGGACUCGGAAAACGACUGCUCUUACGUCAGGGCCGUGGAGAUUGCCCUUCGGAUACUGAACACGCACCUUCCCUUGCCAGACCUGGAUCUUUUCAUCAGCCCCACGGAAAACGAUUUUGGGGACUGGCCAGUGCCCAUCUUUACGCGCUGCCGUCCGCAGGAGCCGCGUGGGCUUUACAUUCUUCUGCCCUUCGAAUGGCAGUUGCACCCAUGGCAAAGUCGGAAAGCCACGGCCGGCUUCAAAAAAGCCAUGGCAAAGAUUCCCUGGGAGGAUCGAACUGCAAGGCUCUUUUGGAGAGGGACGAACUCCAACUGGGUGAACCGGCCCUGUUCCAUGAAGAGAGUCUCAGAUGGAUCCAUGCCCUGGAGUGCUUGUCUCGCUGGUUUGGACGAUGAGAUCUUGGGGCUCUGGGAUGACCGCUUCGAGCUGGUUUGGAACUUUUCGAAUUGGUUUGAUACUCCCCGUGGUGCUCUGGUUCUUCUCUCCCAGUACGUGGAGGGCAUCGACGCCAAGUGGACGGGCAUCUCGCAUGCUAUGGAGCCGACCUUGUGGGAAUACUUCGAAAAGAUGGACAUGACCUCGGAGCCUGUGAGUAGCAUGGAGCAGAUGAAGUACAAGUAUGGCAUGAACGUCGAAGGCACCGGAAACGGCGACCGAAUUUACUGGCAGCUACACACCGGUCAGGUCGUUUUCAACCAUGAAAGCUCUCAGGUGGCCUGGAUGCUCGUGGACCUGAGAAACCAAAGUCGCCGAGGCCUGCUGAAGCCGUUUCAGCACUACGUCCCCGUGCGCUAUGACCUCAAGGACUUGGUUGAGAAUCUGGACUGGCUGCAAAGGCAUGAUGAGGCAGCCGCCUCCAUAGCAGCUGGAGCCAGGCAAGCUGCGGAGAAGUACUUAAGCUAUGAUGCAGUGUUGUACUACCUGGACCGUGCUGUGCGGCGCUAUUCACGCCACCUGCUUCUGGACGAUGGCUGA